UAUGGAUUUUGCAUAAAGCGAAGAAAGAUAUUAAAAAUUAGAAAAAAUAGGAGAAGGAACCUAUGGACUAGUUUAUAAAGCAAGGGAUAAUCAAACUGGCGAUAUUGUAGCAUUAAAAAAAAUUAGAAUGGAUCAUGAAGAUGAAGGUGUACCAUCUACAGCAAUUAGAGAAAUUUCAUUAUUGAAAGAAGUAAUAAUAGAUUAAAUAUAAAAAGGUUCAACAUCCAAAUAUUGUUCCAUUAAAAGAUGUUGUAUAUGAUGAAUCAAGAUUAUAUUUAAUCUUUGAUUUUGUGGAUUUAGAUCUUAAAAAAUAUAUGGAAAGUGUGCCUUAAUUAGAUAGAAUGUAAGUGAAGAAAUUCAUCUAUCAAAUGUUACAAGCAUUAAAUUAUUGUCAUCAAAAUAGAGUUAUUCACAGAGACUUAAAACCAUAAAAUAUUUUAGUAGAUAUCAAAUAAUAAAAUACUUAAAUUGCAGAUUUUGGAUUAGCUAGAGCAUUUGGUUUACCUCUAAAAACCUAUACUCAUGAAGUCAUAACCUUAUGGUACAGAGCACCUGAAAUUUUGUUGGGAUAAAGAUAAUAUUCCACUCCUGUUGAUAUCUGGUCAUUAGGAUGCAUCUUUGCAGAAAUGGCUUAAAAAAGACCAUUAUUUUGUGGAGAUUCAGAAAUAGAUUAGUUAUUUAAGAUCUUUAAGAUUAUGGGUACUCCUAAAGAAUCAACUUGGCCUGGUGUCAGUACUUUACCAGAUUUUAAGAGUACUUUCCCAAGAUGGCCAAUCCCUACUAAUCCAGCAGCUACUUUAGGAAAAGAUAUAAAUAAUUUAUGUCCAUUAGGUUUAGAUCUACUGUCUAAGAUGAUUGUUUAUGAUCCUUAUGCUAGAAUCACUGCAGAGGAAGCUUUAAAACAUGCCUAUUUUGAUGAUUUAAAUAACUGA